AUGACACGAUUCCGACCCUGUAUUGACCUUCACGCCGGUCAGGUCAAGCAGAUCGUUGGGGGUACUCUUGACAGUACUUCAGCGGCUCUGCAAACCAACUAUGUCUCUCAACACCCCCCUGCUCAUUUCGCUCAGCUCUAUCGGGAUAAUGAGCUUCACGGUGCACAUGUCAUUAUGCUAGGCCCCGGCAACGACGGACCUGCUAAAGAGGCUCUCCAAUCAUGGCCCGGAGGUCUUCAGGUCGGAGGCGGCAUCAACGAUAAAAACGCAAAAGAAUGGAUGGAUGCGGGAGCGGAAAAGGUACUACAUCGGAAGCAUCUCGCACAGACAUUCUUUCUAAUUAUUUGGCAGGUUAUUAUUACCUCGUACCUGUUUCCGGAGGGUCGGUUCAGCCAGGAAAGGCUCGACGCAGUCCUAGAGGCUCUCGGUGGUGAUAAAAACAAGCUUGUCAUUGACCUGAGUUGUCGUCGUCGUGGAGAGGACUCUUGGUUUGUUGCUAUGAACAAAUGGCAGACAAUCACAGACAUGGAAGUGAACCAAGAGAGUAACAUCUGCAAGAAAAUGAAUGACUCACAAGGCGCAGAAUCUAUCAAAUCAUUGGAACCCUACUGCUCCGAAUUCUUGAUUCAUGCGGCAGAUAACGAGGGUCUACAAAAGGGUGUUGACGAGAAGCUCGUGGAACGUCUUGCCCAGUGGUGUUCUAUCCCAGUCACGUAUGCAGGGGGUGGCAGACAUCUUGAAGACUUGGAAAAUGUCAAGAGACUCAGCAACGGCAAGGUGGAUCUCACCAUUGGAAGUGCAUUGGAUUGUUUUGGUGGUUCGGGUGUCAAGUUUGACGAUUGCGUCGCUUGGAACAAGAAGCAAGACAAUUAA